AUGACACAAAAUAUUGGAGAUUCCAUGGAUGGUCAUUCAAAACCAGUGAAUAAAGAUACUGAAAAAGAAAAAGAGUUUGAGGAGGCAUCGGCCGUGGUUGCGAAACAUGUCAAGCUCCUGCGGGAGUACAACCAGAUCAAGGAUGUGGGGCAGCAACUGAUGGGUAUGGUUGCCGAGAAGAGGGGCGUCACUGUGGGAAGUCUGUAUGAGACUCGCGAAUUUGGAGUUGGGCCAAAGGAUUGA